CAAAGGCGUUUUUGCUCAACGACGCUCUGUUCACACUGUGCACAAUACGUUUACACAGGUAGAAGUGUUCCCGUUUGCCGUAUCUGAAUAAACUUAAUCUUUGGGGUCUUACCAAUGGCCACAUGUUGCUCCCAGCUGCAAACGACUUCGAAAUUCUGGGGUGAAGCCCGCGGCCACUAUCAGCAGUACGCGCGGCCCUUCAUUAUAAAUCCGUUUUCCCUUCGCAUUUUCCCAUCUUCCGCCUGCGACCAAUACUAAGACCUUUCAGAAUAGUUUUACCUUACCCAUGUCGGACGUGGACUCGGACGGGGAGGCGCCCAACGAGGGUGGCACCAGUGCAAGUGCCCUCGAUGAGUUCCGGGAGAGCUGGCAGCGGGAGCUUGCCCAUGGACACAGGCCAGGCUCAGGAACGACGCAGAACUCGAAUGUCACCGAGGCGGAGCUGCUGCAGGCCAAGGCGGAGAGCCUAUUUCGCACUGCCGUCCAGUUGGAGCAGCGCGGCAAGGUCUACGACGCAAUUCCCUUCUACCGCAAGGCCACACAGAUCGUGCCCGACAUCGAGUUCAAGUUCUACGAGCAGCAGAAGCUGAGCCACGAGUUUGUCAGCAACAAGAAGUUCCACCAUCUAGCCGGCGACUUUGCUAAGCAGCUGGACCUGGGCCAGCCGGAUGCCACGGAAGGCGGUGCAGACCAGGAGUUGGACAAUCUUUUCGAUAAGUUCCAUCGCGACUUGCGCCAGGACAGCAUCUAUAGCGGCAAAAUGAUCGCGUCCAGCCGUGAUGCCAGCGUCUUGUCCACAGGACUGCACUUUUCGGAUCUGCCGCCCGAGAUUGUGAUGCGCAUCCUCCGCUGGGUAGUGUCCGCGCAGCUGGACAUGCGCUCCUUGGAGCAGUGCGCCGCCGUCUGCAAGGGAUUCUAUGUGUACGCCCGGGACGAGGAACUGUGGAGGCUAGCUUGCGUCAAAGUAUGGGGUCACAAUGUUGGAGCCUUGGAUGCCCAGGACUCUGGCAGUAGCCAUGCCUAUUACUCGUGGCGGGACAUGUUCAUCCGGCGGGAGCGGGUGCACUUCAACGGCUGCUACAUCAGCAAGACAACGUACCUGCGAAUGGGCGAGAAUAGCUUCCAGGAUCAGUUCUAUCGGCCUGUGCAGCUGGUGGAGUACUAUCGCUACAUUCGCUUUAUGCCCGACGGCAAGGUGCUGAUGAUGACGAGCGCCGACGAGCCGGCGCAGGGCGUCAACAAGCUGAAGCAUUUGCACAACGGGCAGCGUGCCGAUGUGCAACGGGGUCGCUAUCGGCUCUACGGCGACACGGUCACCCUGGUGCUGCAAAAAUCACAGGCCCGGGGAACGGGUCACAUGCGACAGAGGCGUGGCAGCAUCAUGCCACUGGAGGAGGACUCCACGCAAUUCCUGAUCGAGCUGCGCAUCGCCAACUCACCGAAGCGCCGCCGCUGUGCGCAGUUGGUGUGGUCACACUACACGCUCGUGCAAAAGCGGAACAAGGUGGACACCAGCUCCGAGUUCGACCUCACGGACGCCAAGUAUCCACCGCUGUGGUUCUCGGCGGUGAAGAGCUACCACCUCGAUGCGGACGCACCUCUAGUUUAGGUGAGGAUUAGCUUCUGCUCCCGUUUUACAUGCUGCAAAAAUAAAAGACGGUGUAGUUGAAACCCUUUUAGAGGGGGAGAGGAAA